AUGAAACGCGAAUACCUCCCGAUUGAGACACUUUCUGCUUGGACGAGGCUCAAUGGCAUCUCCGUCGAUGGGGCCACUUUCCGCAAGUUGCGAACCGAAGAAGGUAUAGACAAGGGAUGCGCGAUAAUUGCGACAGGAGAGAAGUGCAAUGAGAGCUCAGAGACCGGAGAAGCAGACGCAGAGACUCUCCUUCGGGUUCCCUCUGACUUGAUUCUGUCGCUCAGGUUGGUUGAAAACCACGCCAAGUCUGAUCGGUAUCUGCGCGAGGUACUAGAUGCCGUCGGCGAUUUCGGAAGAACAGCCAGGGGUGCGAUUUUAAUCUUCUUGAUCCUCCAGAUCACAUAUUCUAGUCCGGAUUUCGCGGAUGAACACCAUCGCAUUGGGGUGUCCAACCCUUGGACCGAAUAUAUACAGUAUUUGCCGUCUUCAAUAACGCUACCUACGUUCUACACAGUGGAGGAGCGGGAGCUCCUGCGGGGUACAUCUCUGAAGUUGGCUGUGGAUGCAAAGAUCGCCUCACUUGAGAAUGAAUUCGAACUCUUACGCCAAUCAACUGAGAGUAUAUCCUGGUGUCGUAAGCAUUGGUGGGAUGAGGAUAUAGGGAAAUUUACGUUGGAUGACUGGAAAUACGUCGAUGCUAUGUAUCGAUCGCGUAUGGUGGACUUGCCAAGCUCUGGCCAUGCAAUGGUUCCAUGCAUUGACAUGGCUAACCAUGCAUCUGAGGACAUUGUGAACGCUUUAUACGACGAAGACACGGAAGGCAAUGCGGUACUUCAGCUACGAUCGGGGCGGAAACUUCAUUCCGAUGAGGAAGUUACUAUAUCGUACGGGGACGACAAACCAGCAUCGGAGAUGAUAUUCUCGUAUGGAUUCCUCGAUAAAGAGAGAAACAGCGCAACGCAGAUAUUUCUCAAUCUGGAUAUUCCCGAAGACGAUCCAUUGAUCAUGGCCAAGAAACGAGUUUGCAAGGCACCGCCGGGACUUCGGUUAUUUGAUUCUCUUACGGCGGAAAGGGUCAGCACUAAUUGGGAUAGUCCGUUUGUCUGGUGGCUUUGCGUGAAUCAAGAGGACGGGCUUGAAUUUGAAGUACUACAAACCAAUGAUGGGGGUAGAGAACUCAAGGUCAGUUGGAAAGGCGAGGAGAUCAGAGAUCCCGAUGACCUUAAAGCCUUCUUGGUAAAUGACCCUCUCUGGGAUAUCUUCCAGCUUCGAGCAGUGGUGACUGUACUGGAUCGACUAGAAUCUCACUUUCUCAUUCUCCGAGAAACUCAGAUUAUGGUUGAGGAGAUCAAUCACAAUGAGGAUAUGCUUGCUCUCUUCAGGCCUGAGGUGUAUAAUACAAUUAACAGUCUGCGUGUGUUGGAGGGGAAGCUGUUGGAGAAAGGAAUCGAGGAUUUAGCUCAGCAGAGACAGGAUCUGAUGGCGAGUGAGGCGGUCGCCGCAUAUCUCACCCAGCAACAGUCCGAUGAUGUCGAAGAGGAUUUCUCGUGA